AUGGAGCCCCUGCCCGACGACCCGGCGGCGAACUGUGCCUCCCUGAGGGUCAAGUACGAGAAAGCUGUCUCGGACCUCCUCAAGGCUCUCAGCUCCGACCCAAAGCUCACAUACUCAAGCAAUGAUCUCACGAAGCUCCGAGUUACUCUUGGAUCCUUCGAUCCUGAGGAUCAAAACUUCAUCGCGUCAAAUAUCUGCCUCUUUAAGCCUAUGUCUUAUGAGCAGAUCAUGGAAUACUCUCUAGACAUGUCGGAACAACCUGAAGGCACUCGCGACUUAUGCGACAAUUAUGACAAGCUGUACCAACCUCCUACAGGUACGACAGGCAGUCAUCUUUCCGACACUAUGGACUACAACACAGAAACCACCUUCCUUUACCUGAACAGAUACUACGAGAGCUCGUAUAAGAAGACCAAGCUCUACCCUGAGUCUCUUGCUAGAACCUCGAAAUGGGACCAAAUUAGGGAUGGCAACCCAUUCUUAGAUAUCCCAUGGGGGCUACUCGGGGGCUAUUCCUUAACCAACCAGAUCCCAUCUUGGAAUGUUAGGGCUGAUUACGAGUGGCAAGAUGACUACCGUAACCUAGAAACGAUUUAUCCGCAUAUGAUGCUCGUUAUAUAUACUGGUGCAGUUACUGUCGAGGGUGAACUACUUUUUUGCGAACUAGGAUGUAUCGCGCAAGCGAUUCGAAAUCGUUUACAACAGAAGGAAUUCGAAAAGACCUCGCUUUUCCCAGUGUUGAUCAUCUCGCUAUUUGGAUCGCGACACGGACGUCUCGUCCAGGCUAAAUUCAACAAGUCUGGUGUCUUGAAGGUCAGGGCCUCACCUAUCUACAGUUUUGUCCGUAAGGACGAGGCGCCGUGGAACCUUUUUCUACGCUACUAUGCCUGUGAGCCUCGCAAUGGGCCAAAAAUAGAAUUCUAUGACGAUGAGGAGGAGGAGGAGGAGGAGGAGGAGGAGGAGGAGGGUGUGUCUCCGCAAGUGCCCGAGUAUGUUUCCCCUAUGACCGGAUCCAACAAGGAGACGGAUACACGUGCCCAGGCCCUCAAACACGCCCCCAAUCAACCGAAAUUCGAGAAAGAGAAUGCUCCUAAGGAAGACGAGACCCCAUCAGCCGACGAUCUUUAA